AUGGAUUUGACUACAAUCUGUGCUAGAUCUUUCAAUUAUGAAGUUAAUACCGUGCUGCUGACGGAGGAGGCUGGAGAGCUGGGCCCCCUGGGACUUGAAGCUGACCGUCUGGGGCCCCUGAGCGCCGCGCCGAGGCCAGACAUGAGCAUCGGGAGGUCCGUGGCCAGCGUGAUGCAGGCCGAGUCCACCAGCCAGCACGCGUCUCCGUACCAAGUGCACAGGUGCAACUUAUGCCCGUUCACCACAGGGAACUCAAAGGACAUCCUGUACCACAUGUCGCUCUCCCACGCGACGGAGAAGCCCUUCGCUUGCCCGAAUUGCCCUUAUCGAGCAGCGCAGAAGAUUCAUCUCAAGAUACACAUGAGGACUCAUACUGGAGAGAAACCCUAUGCUUGCACGCUGUGUGACUUCCGAUCUGCGCAGUCGAGUAACCUGAAGAGGCACUUGGCGAAACAUCACACUUCAUGAGAGUGAAAACAAGCUCUCAAAGAAGUAUAUCUUGCAAAAGUUCCUGCGUUUAUUCAGACUUGUGUCAUGCGUCUGAUAGAAAUAAAUAUAUACAGUACAUCCUAAGCUCUUGAAUAAGAAUCAGUGAAUGUGUAAUGCAACAUAUGUGUAACAUACUUGUUAGUGUUUUCAUGAAUUCGUUUUUAAAUCACUGAUCAUAAUUUAGAGAACAAUGUGAACACAUACAUAUGCAAUAUGUUCACACAAAUUAACAUGAAUAAACAUGAUAUUCAUGCACUUAUGUUUUAAAAACUAAUUUGUGCUAAUCUGUGUGUC